AUGUCUAGGGGCAUAGAUUCUCCUCUAGUAGUGUGGGAUGAGUUCGUAGAGGCUUUCCUUGGCCAUUUACUACCUCCAGAGAUGAGACGAUCCAGAGUCGAUAAAUUUUUACAUCUGAGGCAGAAUGGCAGGAGCAUUCAGGAUUAUAGUCUCGAGUUCGAUUCAUUGGCCAUAUAUGCACCUGUUGUUAUAGUUGAUAUGACUGAUAGGAUGCAUCAAUAUGUGAUGUGGUUGGAUCGUUAUCUAGUUGAUAGUUGUAUGGUAAUGGCCUCCCAUCAAAAGAUGGAUAUUUCUUGGUUGCAGGCGUAUGCCCAGGGGAUGGAAGAUCAAUAUAGGGGCCAUCAGCCCGAUAGAGACUAUGAUAGAGGCCAUCAUAAGACAGCUAGUUCGCUGGUAGGAGAUACGAUAAUACCGGGUAUUCAGGAGCUGGUCAGAGCUCCAAGGCUUCAGCUUCACAGAUGCCUAGGGCUCCGAGUCAGCCGAGGCCACCUUUGCCUUAGUGCUCUUGGUGUGAUAAAGUAUCACCAGUACGAGGACCCUACCCUUGUACAUCAUAGGGAUGAAGCUCUUCAAAAGGAAGAGACCCCAUUUGAGAUUGCACCUGAUGGGGUACUAUGGUACAAAGGGUUAAUAAAGAUGUAUCAUAACCACAGAUGCUUGUACUGGUUGGAUGGCAUGAAGAAAGAUAUAGCAGAGUUUGUUGCUCAGUGUCUGAAUUGUCAACAGGUUAAGGUCGAACACCAGAAGCCUACAGGACUAUUACAAGAGAUGGAGGUUCCAAUCUGGAAGUGGGAGGUAAUUAAUAUGGACUUCAUCACAAGUUUAUCUCGCACUCUGCAAAAAUAUGAAUCUGUUUGGGUCAUCGUUGAUAAGCUGACAAAAUCCUCCCACUUUCUUUCGGUUAGGACUACAUAUUCAGAUAAGGAUUAUGACAGGUUGUACGUUAAGGAGAUAGUGAGACUUCACGGGGUUCCCACAACUAUUAUCUCUAAUAGAGGAGCCUAG